AUGGGACAACAGGUGGCCCCUCAGCUAAAGGGGACACUGAAGAGUUCCCGUCUGUGCAAGAGCCUUGUGAGCUUACAGCAAGGGUAGACCUCUGCUGCUGGGUCGAGGGUCCAGCUUGCGAAGCAAAUGGGCCAUUCAGUAGAAACUGUGGAAAGGUACUAUAACUUGGAAUGGGAAGGAGAAGGUGAUGCAAAUGCGCAUCACCUGAUCGAGAGGUUAGCCCAUGGAACUGUGCCACUCAUUGACCCCCGACUAUCCCCUUUACCCCAGGAAGACCAAGGCGAUGGAGAGCAAGUCGAAGGUGGAGAGCAAGUCGGUGGAGAGGAGUCGGGGGUGGAGAGGAAGUCGGGGCUGGAGAGGAAGUCGGGGGUGGACAGGAGGUCAGUGACGAGGACAGUGACGAUUCGAUUGACAACAUCUCAUUCCUAA